CUGGGGUCUUCUGCGGGCUGCCGGUGUCCGGCCCGGCUCCGCCGCAAGCAUCGCUUUACCGGCGCCGGAGGUGGAGCCUGGAGCAGAGCUGUUCGGGUCUGUAACGGCGGCGGUGCGUAGGAGCGGUCCUCUGAGGGAGGGAUGCAGCGCCGGGAUGUUUUAACGGGAGGGGGGGGGAACGUAAGGGACUCCUGGCGUGCAGCCUUGGCGUGUACGGGAGCCGUCUGUAGACAGCAGCAGUUCCCCGGAGUUCGUGUGACUGCCUGGACCGUGGGGAAACGGAUCCUGAGGUGGAGUGCGAGAGAGCAGGCCUUCCUGUCUCACGUUUGUGUAGUUACUGCGUUGCUUGUCGUAGCUGUGCUGUGAAGUAUGGCGCUUGGGAGGGAGGUACUGAGUGCACUGAUAGCACACGGCAGCUCCCUCCCUACCUGGCGUUUCUGGUGAAUGGCGCGGGGCGUCUGUUACAGGCACCUCACAGCUGGUGGGUUGUGUCUCAUGCUGACAGACCCGUGCGGUGGAUAAGCUGGGAGCCAUUCUGCUGCUGUGGCACUGUGCUGUAAGUCUGUCUCUUACAGGAGAAAGGUCAGUCGGCACUGAUGCCUGUAUUAAGCACAGUACGCAGUUCUGUCUUGGAGCUGACUGGAUGUGCUUAAUUUCUUCCUCUGCCCUUUUGGAAUUGUUCAGAAGGACUUUAAUUCAGCAUCUGCACAUGAAAAUCAUGGCAAUUGUUAUUUAAUAAAAUAUUUCCAUUUCACAUCAUCAUGUGUGCUGCGUAGGUUGCUCUGAAAGUAAUGCCUCCUGUUUAUUUCCGUGGAAACUACAACAGAUAGAUCACUUUGGUUUGGCCGUUACCAAACACCAUUUUUCAACACUCUCAACCACCAUUAGCAAGUCAUUCUCUCCAGAGCUGAGCAAGGACUCACAUGCCACCCUCAUCUGAAUCUGCACCAGUGGAGGUGACAGGUGUCACCACUGCUGAAAUGCAUCAUCCAUUACCUCAAUGUGCUCACACCCUCUCUUUGAUCUCCAUAAAAGUUCAGCAAGUGUUGAUGAAUGUUGUUGGGUGCUGGUUUUUCUGUAUGGAGGAAUUCAGCGGUACAUUUCUGCUUCCUAUGCGCUUCCAUGUUAGUUGCCAUUUUGUCAGACUGCCCCUCUACCUGCCACCUGUCACAUGGCUGUAACAGAAUGUUGGUGUGAAGGUUCAACCUCUGCUGCCAUCCCACCAACAUCCAGCUAUGGCGUUCUGGGCCAACACAAUAAAAUAGAAGGCAUUACUUUUGGAACAGCAGUCAUGAAAUACACGGAGCCUUUUAAGUCAUUCGUGUAGACUGACUUCUUUCUGUAGGUGGAAUGACAUGGUUAGAGUUUUUUAAGUGAGUUUUGGAAAACCAUAAGCAGAUGAUUCAGCCGUUCUCAGAUAAAAUCCAGCAGCCUUUGGUUGGAUCAGUUAUGUGGAUACAGUUACAUCCUUAGGUUGAAAAGAAGAUACUAAGGCAGCCUUUGUGGAGGUGACACGUAGUUUUUAUUAUUCUGAUACAUGGCAAAAACAGUUUUCCAUGGCAAAAACAGUGUUCUUCAGCAAUUGAAACCAGUUUCUAAUUCUACCAAGUGUUUAAAGCCUUUCACCAAGGCACUGUGAGAAUCAUCGGGGAGGUAGGGCAGAGUUUGUUUAAAAACUUUCAGUAAAUAGCAAACUGGAGGAGCUGGCAUUAGAAUCAUCAUACUGAGCGAGCAGAUGUGAUGGUGAUGCUGAGCUGCCUGUGCCUGCUUUCACCUUUGGUGCUCCGUGCAGAUCUCUGGUUCUGCCCGUUGUUUGUAAUUCCCGUGCAGUGAACCGAGAUUCCUGCGUGGAGAAGGUGGCAACCGAGUUUUCUUUUCAAUGGCCGUUCUCUGAGAGCAGGGUGGUUCCUGGUGCGUGCUGCCACAGAGUUGUGAAGCAGGAGGAAGGUUGCCCGAGCUGGUAACUGUACAUUCAGAUUCUCCCUGAUGGUAGUUUAUCUUUCCAUGCCUUUACACGGCAUUGUUGCCAGUUUUGUGCAGCAGCCUUGCCUGCUGUCCCCUGCGUAAAAAAAUCAACUGAUGAUGAUGAUGAUACUAGUUUUGUUAAAGUGUGUCAUUGUGUCACUCCUACAAAGCCUUUGUGUUGUUGGGAAGUUUGUUUUCUCAUAUCUUGAUACAGUUUUCUGGCUUCCUAGACUGAAGACCAAAAGUAGAAUCCAUCUUUUCUUCUUUAUUGAUUUCCUGGAACCUUGCUUUUGUAACUUUUAAAGAAACUGUUGUCUUUAAGUCAGUGGUACUGACCUUGUAGCUGGAGCAGUAAUCUGAAAGAAGUACUGUUUAGUCUGUUGAGAGGUCUGUUGCACUGUCUGUGCAGCAGUGUGUGUGUGCUGAGGAGCUGCAGAGACACAGCCUUCGUGGCAGAUAGGAUAUCAGAGCACAGCCACGUUCUGUUCUCUUACUGAGCCUUCUGCUGAAGUGUGAUGAUGCACCCUAGGGUCCAGAGACCAGAAUGUGCAUCACAGAGCUGGGAAGUGGUGAAGAAAACCAUGACGGCUUUCACACCCUGCCAUCAAGAUGCUAUCAGUUCUUCUGGAUAAUCAAGAGUGUCUAAGAAAUACCUAGCAUUUUUUAGAAAGCUUUCAUGUGUUCCAUUUAGAGCUGCUGUUUGCAGCUGACAAGGCUGGGCUGUUGCUGCUUAUUGAGAGGCUAGUGUUGCUAUAGAUUGCAAUAUGGGUUUUUAAUACUUUUCAAAUGAUGAGAGAAUAUGACAUUGUAAAGUAAACUCUCCUCUGGAAGGUGGGUGCAGUCAGCAGCAGCUUUUGCAGUGCAGUUUUCUGAUUCUUAGGCAAGUGGUAAUUCAUCCUCCCUGAUUAUAUGGAGAGAAACGCUGUGAGAUGAAUGAUGUGUGACACCUGGCAAAGCAAAAACUUAAAUGAGCUGCUCUGAGUUAAAUUGUCAGUCAUCAGGAUUGUUACUUGCUGAUGUUUUUCUGUGUCAUUUUCACACACAAAGAAUGCUUUUCAAGGCAGGCGUUUGGCAUAUUGGUGCUGAUGUGAAGGUAACAUGGUGGCUGCUUUAGUUGUACGGAACAAGGCCGGAAUUCAGUUAAGCUACUGCUAGCUAAAGAUCCCCUUUUUCCCACAGUUUGGAAAUGCCAUUAGGUCAGAGAGUGAGUCAUGCUUCAAAGUGGUCAAACUUACUCAAAAUGUUGAAGAAACUUAGGGUUUCCAUUUCUUUCUGUGUCUAGUUUACUACUGUCCAGCCAGCCUGAUUUUCUUAUUUUUAUUCGAAAAGCAUGACUGCCCAUGGAGGGCUAACUGCUGUUACCUGUGUACAGGUAACUGCUGUUACCAGUUAUUCCUGUGUAGAUCCAGAUUCGUGCUUCAGACUUUGCAAAAGCUUUUUCAGAGAUGCUUUAAUUGUAGCACAAUGGUUAAACACAGCACAAUUCUAUGGUAAUGUUUUGUAAAAUGUGAUUUUAAGCUAAUUGCUCAACAGUUAUUAAUACUGUAUUGGCCCACUGUCAAGUAUUGGCUUUCUUCUAGGAAUUCCUGCAGGUUUGGCAGUUUAGAAUAGCAAAAGCACCUAAAUACGUAAUUUUUUGUGAAUGGGCUCAGAGAUGCAAAUAUCCUUUGUUUAUAUGAUGGGAAAAAAACAAACAAACAAACCAAAAAACCCCAAGCUUUUUUUUUUUGGUCUAGCUUUUAAUUGUGUAUUUCAGGUGUAUCUAUCAAAGCGGUGCCCCUGGAUCAGGGUAAUCACAGACAGGAAUACAGUCUAGGCAAUUAACUGAUUGGGAGCAGCCCUGCAGGUGAGUUGGGUGCUGUGGUGGGCGGAAAGUUGGGCAUGAGCCAGCAGUGUGUGUGUGCUUGCGGCCCAGACAGCCGGCUGUAUCCUGGGCUGCAGGGGGUGGCAGCAGGCAGGGAGGGCACUGUUCCCUCUGCUUCGCCCUGCUGAGGCCCCCUCUGCAGCACCGCGUCCAGGCCCGGGGCCCCCAGCGCAGCAAGGAUGCGGAGCUGUAGGAGCAGGCCCAGAAGAGGGCCACCAAGAUGAUCAGGGGGUUGAGUACUUCUCCUGCAGUGAAGGUAGAGGGAGCUGGUCCUGUUCAGCCUGGAGAAGGGAAGGCUGAAGGGAGACUUUUCUGUUACCUUCCAGUUCCAGGGCCCCACAGGGAAGCUGACUUUGACUCCUCUGCAGAGAGUGUAAUGGUAGGACAAGGUGUUUAAGCUGGACGAGUGGAGACUUAGCUUAUGUAUUAAGAGAACAUUACUUAUAGGGUGGUGAGGCCUUGGCUGUGCAGAGAAGCUGUGGGUGUCCUGUCACUGCAAGUGCCCAAAACCAGGCUGGAUGGGCCCUGGACAGCCUUGUCUGGUGGGACACGAGCAGUCCAUGGCGGGAAGGUUGGAAACAUCUCCACUACCUUGAGCACACUGUGAGUCCUGGCUGCCUGAGCCAGGCAGUGCUGGUGAGACAGGCGAUGCUGUGGGAGUGGGCUGAGAACUGAGAACAUCUGCCAGAGGCACACAGCACAACCCAAGAACAUCUCAAUAGGUUCAUACCUCACAGACACACUCAGCCAGAGGCCAGGUACAAGCUGAGUUGGGCUAGGCUCUGCCAUGACUCAGUGUAUGCCGUGGAGGGCCGUGAGGUUGCAUCCAUUGCCUGGUGACAUCACACACUGUUAAACCAAAAACUCUUGCUGGGUGCUGACACCUGAGAGCUAAAGAGGGACACUGUCAGGAGGGAAUUGGCGGGACAAGGAGCACUAGUUUAAAGAGAGUAGAUUUGGGCUGGAUAUUUGAAAGAAAUUAUUUCCUCUGAGGGUGGUGGACCACUGACUGGUACAGGCUGCCCAGGGGAGUAUUAGUGCCUAUAGCAGGGGGUUGGAACUGGAUAAUCUUAAGGGUUCCUUCCAACCCAAACCAUUCUUUGGUCCUAUGAUAUGAUUCUAGAAAUGUGAUUCAGCAGUAACAUUCAUCCAACAUUCCCUGGGUCCCUAGAAAGUGAACUGGAAGCUGUCUGUGAGCUUCAUGAAGGCUGCAGAAACUGGCUGCUGGAUCCAUUUCUCACAGGCGGAAGCAUCCACGUCCUAAAUCUGGAUAGACGCUGGUACAUUGAUGGGAUACCUGACUCAGUCAUAGAAUCUUGGGACUGUAGGAUCAUGGAAUUGUUUGCGUUGGUAUCUGCAGAGAGACGUGUAGUGCUUGGAGUUGGUCUGAGUGGAAUGAAGAGGGUGUGCUGCCUGUGAGUGCUUCAGGGGAGUCUCUGUGGCCAGAUUUUGCUGAAAGUUGAGGUCUGACUGAGACCUCAGGACUGUGUAUGCCAGAAAUAGACCUAUCAGAAACAUUUGCUAUUGACUUAGAUACUUUGCAUAUAUUUACUAAUCUGAAGUAGUCCAUAUCUCACACCGUACUAUAUGUGUAUGAUAUUUAAUAUGUAUAUGACUCAAACUUAGCUUUCUGCUUUUCAGACGAAUCUUGUGCAAGACCUCAACCUACAGGGAGAGGGAGAAAUAAUUUCUUUGGUGUUGGGGCAAUUGCAGGGCCUCCCUGUCUGCUUCUCCUCCUCUUCCUAAACUCUCCCUAGAUCUUGUUUUUAACUCCUGAAGCCAUGGGCAGGGUGUUCUCUCUGGUGUAACACCUGGCCCAUCUCAGAAGCAAGCAAAGAAGACAAAUAAGGAGGUGUUUAGCAGUCCAUUUUUGACUUUCCAGAGAAGCCUUCCUCCAGGCUGCAGAAGAGGAAGUCGUAGCAUGGUGGUGGAUGGAACAAAGCAGGCCAUUAGUUUAUCCUGACGUGCAAAGGCAGACGGCUGUUUGGCAGCACUGGUUGCUAGAGCAGCAGUGUCCUCUACAAAUGUCGUAUUCUGCCCCUGGGGCUUGUAGCUCAUUUUGCAUUCCCUCUAUGAUCCUUCUUUCUUGUUGCCUGAUGUCACUAAGUUUCAGGGUCUGCUGCCUGGUUCCUCUGCUAUUCAGAAAGAAUGCAGAAAGGAUUUCCUCACUUUUCCAUGUGUUACUCUUCUCUUAGAGAAAAUGUGCAGAAAUAAAAACUGUGCCAUUUUAAAAUCUUUCUGUCCUGGUACAGUUUGUGUUUGAAGAUGCCCCGCUUUACUUUCAAACAUUUGUAGUGAGAGAGAAAUAAAAUCACUUGCUAUCUGUAUUAUUGCAUCUUAAAAAAAACAGUUUUGUUUCAAACUCUUCCAUUUUAAUACAUAUCUUAAUCUACAGGGAUAAGGGAGAUUGACAGAGUACUUAUUUAAUCUCAUUACACUGCUUACUUGGGGCAUUCAGACAUCGUAGCCUUUGUGUUGCUGAACUAAGAGAUUUUUGAUGCCUCAGUAAGGCUGGGCCCUCAGCACUGUGGGAAGGCAUAAAAUGCAAUUUCCUUCAGCUUUUAAAAUACCUAGGAACCAAUUAAGGUCUGAGGCAAAUGCUUCUCAGCCAUCUCUGACUGCUGCUGGCAGGAAUUCCUGCUUUUCUGUGUUUACAUAAAGCUCCAUUCUUUUUGUCAGGGAGCAGGGUUCCCAGUGUAGUGCAGUACAUGGCGAAAUCUUCCUCAGGCUCGUAGCUGUGGUGUGUGCUGUGUGCCGUGGAGAAGUGGUAGGCAGGUGAGUGCAGCUGCAUCUUUGGCUUGGGAACAUCAGCUUGAUGUUUUUCUCCAGUCUGACAGCUGGGAAGCAGGGGGUGCUUUGUCACAUUUUGCAUGACCUAAUGAUUACAGGUUUUUUUGUUGUUGUUUUUUUAAUUAAACCAGGAUUAAAUAUUUUACUGAAGAAUAUCUUACAGUUUGGACGGCAGUUAACAGGAGGAUGAAUGGCGUUGUGCAGCUUGCAGUGGAGCUGCCCACGACAAGUCUGGCACUGGGGUAGCUGUUGUGCCGAUAGCUCCAUGACAGUCUGUUUUUCUCUCCCAUGUGUUCCUUUGGGAGAUGGCUAGUUCUGAUACAGCAGCGGUGUGGCAGUUGAUGAAUUGGUUACUGUGCAUCUGCCUUUUAGCCAUCAUCUUUCGUUUUUAAACCCAGUCCCUCUGUGACUUAGGUAGAACCUCAGCCGUUUUUAAUAUUAUUGUCUCUUCUCUUCUGUUUUAUAGGAUCAUGGAUUUUCCGGGACACUUUGAGCAAAUCUUUCAGCAGCUCAACUACCAGAGACUUCACGGCCAACUUUGUGACUGUGUCAUUGUGGUGGGAAACAGGCAUUUCAAAGCCCAUCGCUCCGUUUUAGCAGCAUGUAGUACACACUUCCGAGCUCUCUUCACUGUAGCAGAAGGAGAUCAAACCAUGAAUAUGAUUCAGCUGGAUAGCGAAGUGGUGACAGCAGAAGCUUUUGCUGCCCUCAUAGACAUGAUGUACACUUCCACACUCAUGCUCGGAGAGAGCAACGUUAUGGAUAUCUUGCUGGCUGCAUCUCACUUGCAUUUGAACUCCGUUGUUAAAGCAUGCAAGCACUACCUUACUACCAGGACGCUGCCGAUGUCUCCGCCCAGUGACAGGGUUCAAGAGCAAAACGCACGCAUUCAGAGGUCUUUCAUGCUUCAGCAGCUUGGGCUGAGCAUUGUGAGCUCCGCGUUGAAUUCCACUCAGAGCUCAGAGGAGCAGCCGAGCGCCAUGAGUUCCACCAUGAGAAGCAACAUAGAGCAGCGCUCCGCUUUUCCUAUUCGCCGUCUCCACAAGCGUAAACAGUCCUCUGAAGAUCGGGCCAGGCAGCGAAUGAGGCCUGCCAUAGAUGAGGCUGUUUCUGACGUGGCUGCAGAGAGCGGGCAGUCAGUUGUUCAUUCACGAGAAGAUUUCUUCUCACCAGAUUCGCUGAAGAUAGUGGACAACUCUAAGGCUGAUGCUGUCGCUGAUAACCAGGAGGACAAUAAUAUUAUGUUUGACCAGUCUUUCGGUGCUCAGGAAGAUACUCAAGUGCCCAGCCAGUCAGACAACAGUGGAGGAAAUAUUUCACAGAUGUCCAUGGCAUCACAGGCAACACAAGUGGAAACCAGCUUUGACCAGGAGGCCGCGUCUGAGAAAAACAACUUCCCAUGCGACAAUCCAGAGGUCAGCAUAAAUGAAAAAGAGCACAUGAGGGUGGUGGUUAAAUCUGAGCCCUUGAGUUCCCCGGAGCCUCAGGAUGAGGUGAGUGACGUCACUUCCCAAGCAGAAGGCAGCGAGUCUGUUGAAGUGGAAGGAGGAGUUGUGAGUGCAGAGAAGAUAGAGCUGAGUCCUGAGAGCAGCGAUCGUAGCUUUUCUGAUCCACAGUCUACUACAGACCGGGUAGGAGAUAUCCAUAUUAUGGAGGUGUCAAAUAACCUGGAACACAAGUCUACUUUCAGUAUCUCCAAUUUUCUGAAUAAAGGCAGAGGUGGCAGCUAUGGUGCUAGUCAAACUACUGAUGACAACAUUCCAAACACAACGAGUGACUGUAGAAUGGACAGUGAUGCUUCUUUCCUGAUGAGCCCAGAGUCAGGGCCCACUGGCGGUCACUCGUCUGCCACAGUCUCUCAUGUUGAGAAUCCCUUCAGUGAGCCUGCGGAAUCCCAUUUUGUUAGACCAAUGCAGGAUGUGAUGGGUCUUCCCUGCGUACAGACUUCUGGGUACCGGGCUGCGGAACAGUUUGGUAUGGACUUUCCAAGGUCAGGCUUGGGCCUGCAUUCUCUGUCGAGGGCGAUGAUAGGCUCUGUAAGAGGGGGAGCCAGUAGCUUUCCUGGCUACCGCCGCAUAGCCCCCAAAAUGCCUGUUGUAACCUCCGUCAGGAGCUCCCAGCUGCAGGAUAACUCGCCUGGUUCCCAGCUGAUCAUCAAUGGCACCACUUCUUUUGAGAAUGGGCAUCCUUCGCAGCCUGGUCCUCCGCAGUUGACACGGGCGUCUGCAGAUGUUCUUUCGAAAUGCAAGAAAGCCUUAUCUGAGCACAAUGUCUUGGUUGUAGAAGGUGCACGCAAAUAUGCAUGUAAGAUCUGCUGCAAGACUUUUUUGACCUUGACGGACUGUAAGAAACACAUCCGUGUGCACACAGGAGAAAAGCCUUAUGCCUGCCUGAAGUGUGGCAAACGGUUCAGUCAGUCCAGCCACCUUUACAAACAUUCCAAAACAACCUGCCUGAGGUGGCAGAGUAGCAACCUACCUAGCACUUUGCUUUAACUGCUUGCACCUCCCAGCCUGAAUGAGAGUGCCAGUACAAACUCUUAACUCUCUGAAGCACUGCAGGAGCAUUAACACUAUUUUGCUCAAGCUAAGAAGCUGCUUUCGUAGGUCUGUGAACAGUUGUGUGUGGUUGUGCCACACGCUAAAGUCUUGAUUCUAUAAAUUGGGGAUAAUACCAUACCUACCUCACAGGGGUGUUGUGAGGAUUAGACAACUGUUAGCAAAUAACUUUGAGGUCCUCAGAAGUCUGUAGGUAUGUAAAACAUUAUUGUUAUGUACGUGCAGGCUUGGGGCUCAAUGGGGAUACGGUCCCUACAUUGAAUUUCCUUUGCAAAACAGAGGAGUGGAGGGAGUGAGAGUGUAAUUGUCUCACAGAAUAAUGGAAUGGCAUGAGUUGGAAGGGACCUUAAAGAUCAUCGAGUUCCAACCUCCUUGCCGUGGGCAGGGUUGCCACCCACUUGAUCAGGUUGCCUAGAGCCCCACCCAACCUCCACAAAUGGGGCAUCCAGAACUUCUGUGGGCAGCCUGUUCCAGUGCCUCACUACCCUUGAUAGUGAAAAUUUUCUUCCUCAUAUUUAAUCUAAACCUACUCUCUUUUAGUGUAAAGCCAUUACUCCAUGUCCUACCAUUACACUCCCUGAGGAAAAGCCCCUCCCAAGGUUUCCUGCAGGGCUCUCCAGGUAUUGGAAGGCUGCAGUGAGAUCUCUCUGGAGACUUUUCUUUAGGCUGAACAGUCCCAGCUCUCAGCCUGUCUUUGUCAGAGAAGUUCUCCAGCCCUCCAGUAUCUUCGUGGCCUUCUCUGGACCCACUCCACCUGCUCUUUGUCUUGUACUGGGGGCCCCAGACCCAAAUACAAUACUCUGGCUGGGGCCUCACAAAGGCAGAGCAGAGGGGGACUGUCCCCUCCCUGCCCUGCUGCCACCUCUGUGUUGCUGCAGCCCAGGAUACAGCUGUCUGUCUGGGCUGCAGGCACACACUGCUGGCUCAUGCCCAACUUUCUGCCUACCAGGAGCCCAAGUCCUUCUCCACAGGGCUGCUCUCAAGGAGUUCUUCUCCCAGUCUGUAUGUGUCCUUGAGAUUGCCCCUAUCAUUGUGCAGCAUCUUGCACUUGACCUUGUUGAACCUCAUUAGGUUCACCUGAGCCCCGAUCUCAAGCUUGUUCAGGUCCUUUUAGAUGGCGUCCCUUCCUUCUGUUGUGCCAACUGCACUGCUGAGCUUGGUGUCAUCAGCACGUGUGCUGAGGGUGCCCCCAGUCCCAGUGUCCAGGUCUUUGAAGAAGACGUUAAAAGCAGCGGUCCAAAGAUGGACCCCUGGGGAACGCCCCUCGCGACCGGCCUCCAGCUGGACGCAGAGCAGUGGACCGCAGCCUUUGGCUGUGACAUCCCGCCGUUUCCUUAUCCACGAUAUAGUCCACCCUUCAGGAUCUAAUUCAGAGAUAGGGAUGUGGUGAAGGACCCGUUCCAGAAGUCCAGGCAUCAGUCUUUCCCUGUUCACUUGUUCUGUCACUCCGUCAUCCAGAGUGGUCCAGGCACAGUCUGCCCUUGUUGAAGCCAUGCUGGCUGUUUCAGAUCACCUCCUUUUCUGGCCUGUGCCUUAAUGUAGCUUUCAGGAGGAUCUGUUGCACGAUCUUCCCAGGCACAGUUGUAAGGCUCACCAGCUUCUAAUUCCCCCCAGUCUUCCUUUUGAUCCUUAAAAAAUGAGUCACCAAUCACCCGGGAUUUCACCUGACAGCCUUGACUUUUCAAAUACGAUGGAGAGUGUCUCAGCAGCCACAUCACACAGCUCCUUCAGAACCCGGGGGUGCCUGUCAUCCGGCCGCAUGGACCUGUACGUGUUCAGUGUCAUCAUGUGGUUUUGUACUUGCUCUUCUCUUACAGCAGGAGGAAUUUUGUCCCCCCAGCUGCUGCCCGGCGGCUCAGGGAUGUGAAGGUGCACAGAUAUGAGAGACACGGGAAGCCUGGCUGCCAGUGGACAGGCCAAGAACUCACUGAUUACCUCAGCCUCUUCCAUCUCAGUUGUAGGCAUUUCUCCCUUCUCGUUAUUCAGAGGAGAUGCCCUCUCCUUGGCCUGUCUCUUCUGACCUAUGUACCCCUCUUGCUAAUGUUCACAUCCCUUGCCAAGUGCAGUUCCAGCUGUGCCUUGGCUUUUCUGAUCCCAUCCCUGCACAUCCUGACAGCAUCCCAGUGUUCUUCCCAGGCCACACGUCCCUGCUUCCACAGCUUUUGCAUUCCCUUUUCUUCCCUCAGUUUGACCAGGGGGUCCUUGCACAACCAUGUCAGUUUCCUGCCUCUUCUGCUUGAUUUCUUGUACUUGGGGAUGGAGAGAUCUUGCGCUCUCAGAAACAUAUUCUUAGAGAGCUGACAGCUCUGUUUUGUUCCUUUCCCCCCCCAGGACAGCUUCCCAGAGGAUCUCAUCCAGUAAUUCCUUAAUUAGCCGGAAUUUUGCUCUCCGGAAGCUCAGAGACCUGCUGUUCUCCAGGUCCGUGUUCCUCAAGACCAUGGACUCAACCAGGGCAUGGUCACCACAGUGCAGGCUGCCUGCAGUCUGAACCUCUUGAAGGAGCUCCUCUGCGUUAGAGAGCACAAGCUCCAGUAAUGCUUUACUGCUGCUUGGUUUGCCUAAUGCCUGGGCUGGGAAGUUGUCCUCCACACAUUCAUGAAGUAACAUAUUUCAAGAAUGAGAAACUGAAGUGCAAAUUUCCUUUUUUUUUUUUCUAAAAUAUUUUGUAAAAGUGAAAGCAUUUAAAUAAAUAACCUGCAGAAAUCAAGUUGCUGCAUUAGGUGUGAACAGUAAUGCAGGGAGCUGUUUGCUCCAGCUAAGGCAGAUUGCGUAUCUUGAAAAGAAAACCAACUUUGGAUGCAUCUGUUUGACAUAGAAUGCUUUAAAGUAUGCUAAUUAUGAAAAUAGUUUAGGGUUCUGAAUGUAUGUUUGCUUGUUUUGUAGUAAAAAACACUGUGUAAUGAAGGUGCUUAAAUUAAAUCCAAGAAAAAAGUAAAUUUUGGACUUACAUAUCCGGAUGUAUAUAUACUUGGAAUACUGCAAGAUCUGGAUGUUUCACCAAUAUUUUUCUGUAGAAACUUGUAUUAAGUGAUAAGUGAAGUAUGUUUCUUGUUUGUGCUAUUCUUAGCAGUAUUUUAACCAAUUUGUAUUUCCUAUCUUAAAGUUCCAUACACACAAAAGUCUGGAAAGAGCUUGUCUUUGUCUGCUUUGUUGUUUUCAACGAGAGGGAGUUAGUGAUGGUGGUUUUAGUGCGUAAAAUAGGCUCUUGCUGCUUCCAGACAUGGCCGUGGUCAGUCCGGUCCGUGCCACUGCCCGUGCUCACUGUUCUUCUUUGGCACCCUUCAGCUGCAGGCUUUAAUUUCCCCUCCUGUGCACUCACUUCCCCUCAUCAGCAGAUUGUCCCUUGGAGCAGAGCAGAGGGAUGGAGCCUCGUUUUCCGUGUUUACUUACAUCUCUAUGUAAGGUGUAGCUAUCAAAUCCAGUCUUUCUUUCGAAGUAGUGUCAUAAUUUUUCUUUCCAACAACGAAAAAAUCCCUAGCAUACACUUAAUUUAAAAAAAGUAGCACUGUACACUUUGUAAAGCAGAAAUUGAGCAACCUUUAUUCCUCAAGACAACCACACGAGUGUUAUAACUUUCUCCCCUUUGAUGCCAUUGUAACUAAUAGCAUUUGCAGUCUCUUUCCCUUGCUAAAGGUGCACGUGGACUGCCAGCUUUCACGUCCUGGGUUUCUGCGAGACGUUUUGGAGCACUUCUGCUGACAAAUGUUGUUCUGCCAUGCAGGAGCUGGACUGGGGCUUCAGUGCAUCAUUCUGCCCAGGGGACGCAGAUGUUUGACGUCACAGAGGAACUGUUUGCUGUUAAUUUAAAUGUAUUUUCAAGCUUUCUCUUUUUUCUUUUUAAAUUCUGUGGGUAGUAAAUGUAUCCUCUGUUAUGGUACUCAGCAGUCUUAAGGAGUUUGUGCUCCUUAGCGAAUAAUCUUAAACGUUUUGGAUUUCCAUCAGAGUAAGCAAAAUAAAAUCCUCCUCCAGAGUCCCGACAGUCAUUGAAGAGGAUGAGUUAUGAACAUCAUCGAGGCUUCCAGACCAGACGUUGUCAGACCAAAGGAAACACAGGAAGCUUUCUGCAUUUGGUUUACAUGUGCAGCAGCAGUAAGCUAAAGGGGGAACGUGUGGGGGCACCUCUCCAUGUGAAGAUGAUUGCCACAUGUCUGCCCGCGUGUCAUUGGCACCUUGAGCAGCCAAGGUAAGGAGGGGCGUGGAAACACCGCGAGUGAUUGGCUGAACUCCCUUCCUUAGUGGCUGUACUCGCAGCCCGUGGUCUUCGAGGACGUGCAGAAAUGUGCCACGUUUCUAAAAGGAGCAGGAUGUGCCACGUGCAGCUUGGUAAUGUGGUGCAAAGGGACCGAAAGCACUGAGGCCUGCUAACCGAUCUCACUGGAACAUCAGUAAAAUGUAGAAUUUUGAACCUUAAUCUUCUUGUCGCGCCUUAUCAGUAGCAUUCUGGCUGAUUAUUUAUCCUCCUUGCAUUUCUACCAGUUUGUUGGGGAUUUUUCUAUUAUUUUUUUCACUGUUUCCUACAGCGCUUCUGAAAUCCUACAGCAGGUAGGAGUAAAGGAGCGGUGUGAGUAAGGAGGUUAAUUAGGAGCUAAUGUUGAGCAGGUAAACAUAUUAAACUGUACAUCUUGUCUAUUUUUUAAUAAUAAACUUUCAUGCUGUGAAGUAUCAGA